AGUUGCAUAUACACCUGGAUGGCGCCAUCAGACACGAAACGAUCUGGGAAUUGCUAAGGAAGAAGAAGCUUCCACUACCUGGCAGUGGCUCCCUGGAGGACCUCAAGAAUGCCCUUAAGGUACAAGAACCUCAGGAUCUCGGCUUCUUUCUUCACGGCUUUACCAUAUUCAUGCCGGCCUUUGCAGGAGAUUUGGAAGCUAUAGAGAGGAUAUCGUAUGAAUUCGUGGAGGAUCAGGCGAGGGAGAGCGUAGCGUACUGCGAGACGAGAUUCUGUCCGCACCUGUUUCUCCCAGACAGCGCUCAUCAGCCAGAUUACUUGACGUCUGAAGUAAAUGAUGUCACCAUUGAUGAUGUUUUAAAAGUGGUUUUAAAGGGGCUGAGACGAGGGGAGGAGGAAUUUGGCACAAAAGUCAGAGUUAUUCUCUGCUGCAUACGAGGAUUACCACAUUUGUCAGGGGAAAUUUUACGUCUGUGUGAUGAAUAUCGAGACAAAGGAGUUGUAGGAAUUGAUAUUGCUGGUAAUGAAGGAAGUCAGGGAGGUGAAGAUGCUGGCAUGCAGAACGCUAUAGAUAUUGCUGUGUUCCAAGCUGCCAAGGAGAAGGGAAUCCACCGAACAGUGCAUGCCGGGGAAGCAGGACCUGCCAAGGGUGUUCAAGAGGCAGUGGAGAGUUUUGCUGCAGAGAGGAUAGGCCAUGGUUAUCGAGUGCUGGAAGACGAGAGCAUUUACCAAAAGUGCCUCAGGGAGAACAUCCAUUUUGAGGUUUGUCCGCACUCAUCAUAUAUGACAGGAGCGAUAAAGAACUUAACGACAGCUUCGAAAAGACAUCCAGUUCUAAGAUUUGCAGAGGACGAAGCCAGUUUCAGUAUUAGCACCGACGACCCAACCAUUACCUUCACAACUUUGCCGGACGAAUAUCGUCUCCUUAGUAGCUGGGGAUUUACAGAGGCUCAUUUCACUCGUGCAAACUUCCAAGCUGCGCUCAACUCUUUCUUGCCGCCGGAGGAGAAGAAGGCCCUCAUAGACCAGCUUCGUGAAGCCUACAGCUUCAUCGACUACAAAGUCCCCUCGCUGCCCACGUCGUCCCCCCCAACGACCCGGUCUCCUACGCCUCCACUCAAGCCGAGCAUCACCUUCGGCACUUGGGCGGACCGAUCCUAGAGUGCGUUCUGUUGAUGGUGGGUUCACAAAGAAGUGCGAUUUUCACUUUUUGUUGAUUUAUGUAUGUGUACUGGAUAAUGGUGAUGAUAUCCACUGAUAUGAAAUUUGCUACUGAUUUUGUUUUGUACCGAGGUUUACAAAAUUAGAAAGGUUUCCAGAAAAAAAAUGUAAUGCACUAGUGCUAGUACGCACAAAUAUACAAACACAUAUGCCCACGUCUGUACAUGCACACCCACACCUACACUCACACCCACACCCACUUCCACACCCACACCAACUCCCACACACCAACUCCCACACUCCCACUCCCACUCCCACUCCCACUCCUACUCCCACUCUUACUCCUACUCCCACUCUUACUCCUACUCCCACUCCCACUCCCACUCUCACUCCCACUCCCACUCCCACUCCCACUCCCACUCCCACUCCCACUCCCACUCCUACUCCCACUCCCACACAUAAUCACACCCACAUUCACCCCAUCUAUGAUAAAUAUUAUUUACACAUUAUUAACAUCUCAGGGCCUGUUCUUUUGGGAACUUAAAAACUUAAAAAAAAGCUAAACAUAAUUAAUGAAUAAACUUUGACUAACUCAUUAAAAAGAAAGACAAUUUUCUCUUCAGGCCAGUGAUCUAAAAUGAAACGGGAAACACUUAUAAUGCAACACAUUCAUAAAAAAAAAAUAUACAGACAGACUUAAUGUCUUUAAUGGAAGAGAGUGCAUGCAAAAAUAUAUAGUAUAUAUAUGUGCGUGAAAAGGGAAACAGCCACAUUAAGAAUUAUUGUGGCUGUUUUCCCUUUCAUCUUUGUGUACACGUUUACUGUGUUUGUGUUUGUGUUCAUAUAUGUGCAUGUGUGUACAUACAUACAUACAUACAUACAUACACAUACCUACGUACAUACAUACCUACAUAUAUACAUACAUACAUAUACACAUAUACAUAAAUACAUACAUAUAUACAUACAAUAUUCAUGUAUGCAUAGACACAUUAUAUAUGUAUGAUUUAUAAAUAGAUAAUGUAUUGUAAUAGAAGUUGUAGUAUUGUAGCCAGCAUGUCGACCAUAUUUAAAAUUACAUUUGAAAUUAAUCAAAAUUGACAGUGCUAAAAUGUCAGUAGGCUAGAAUGCUGUUUGUAUGAAAGCGUAUAAUAAUGAAAUAUUAUACAAAGAAAAUAUUUUUGUUUUUAUUUUAGAUGUUCUUCACAACCUUCUAUGUCCUUUCCGGUGCAUAAAAUAAUGAAUUUUUAUAAAUAUUUGAGAUAUAGGUAAUCCAUCUAGCUAUAUAUGUACCAAAAGGAAAAAAUGUUUAAACUGUAAUUUCUACUCCAAAAAUUCUCUAAACACUUUAUAUGUCAAUUUUUUCCUUCACUGAAGCUAUGUCUAUCUGAUCUUCAGUGGCUGUAAAUGAAAAUAAAUAACUUUACAAAGCAAGAUUUGUAAUUUGGUACAUUUUUAUUUGAACUGUAUUUAUGUUGACAAAUGUAGAAAAGGUAUGAAUGAGAAUGAAUAUCUUCACAACACAAGAGAUGUAUUUGACUGGUUUCGAUUAUAUCUUUGACAGAAAUACAUGAAAUUCUGACCAAGAUAUAAUUGAAACAGGUCAAAUGCAUCUCUUGUAUUGUGAAGAUAUUCAUUCUCAUUCAUACCUUUUCUACAUUUUUAUUUGUCUGAAUUAUGUAUAAUCUGAAGAAAAUUUAAUUGAAAUGUGUUGGUUACAUCUCUCCUCUGUGAAGCUAUUCAUUCUCGUUUAUAACUUUGCCAUGUGUCAAAAUAAAUUAGUUCAUUUUCAGAAAGAGAGCGAGAGAGAGAACAAAAAUGUGUAUAGUUUAUUACAUAUAAUGAUAACAGUAUAUAGUGAAAACCUUUCACAAAAUAUAAGAUGACUGAGAUAUAAAUGUAAAGUAUUUUUGUAUGUCAUCCAUUCCAUGUAAUUUUACAGACUUUUUAAAAGAUAUAUUGUCAAGACUUUUAUCAACAUAUUUGAAAUGGUGGUUUGGAGUAUGAAAGGUUAUCAACUGCAUAACCAUUAUGAAAUUUUGUUUUUAUCAUAUUUCUUUUUUAAAGGACUAUUGUUAAACCAUUUCUGUAAUUAUAAUAAAUUUAGCAUUCUUG